AUGUCCCGCCAAAUCUUGUCCUACGCCGACUUGGGUCCAAUCAGUACCGUAACUGUACCAAUAAGUAACGCAAUCAACGGUCCACCUCACUCAGGUUCGGCGCAGGAGCCUCCUCGCAAGAGGAAAAGAACAGAUGGGCCAGUUCCUCAGGGUACGCCGUCAACCUCGGCGCAGACGGAACUUUCUUCGCGCCAAAGAAGCCCUAAUGUGCAUCAUCAUGAAAGCAAACGACCUUUUAGUGCCCCACAAAAUUCGAAAGCAAAGGCGCCUUUGAGUAAAGCUCGUGGGCGCUCUAUUUCUCAGCAUUGGGAUGCACAGGCUGCACAAGAGGUGACCGAAUUGAUGUAUGCGGAGGAAACCAUCGAGGUCGAUGUGCCCGUGAAUGCAGCGGGACAAAAUGCGAAUGGUGGAGUUUCAGGUGUUUCAAACGGCGCAAAUCGGUCUCAAAUCGCACCAUUAAAAGCAAAGAGUGGAAAUAAAGCCGUAAAAGGACCGAAGGUUGGGGAGUCUGUCGGUUUGGGCGAGAAUGAGUGGGAUGACUCUGCUCUGAUAGACGCCUGGAAUGCUGCAGAGGCGGAGUAUAUGGAAAUGCAUGGUGGUAGGAAAUGGCGCUGCGAUCCGGUAAAGUACUCGGUUCUAUGGCACUCUACAAACCCGGUCACGAAUCAGCCUACGGGGAUCGACACUGACUCCGACGGUGACCAGGAUGCUCCAAUGGCUGAAGAAGACGAGGCGAUAGAUGCAAACGAAACCACCGGAAAUGUCGAAUUCUCGCUCCCUAGCGCUCCAGACUUUACCCACCUGCAGUUUGUCUCGGCUAUGGGUGAAAAGGCGGACUUGUCGACUCUUGAUUAUGCAUUCAACAAAGCAAAAGAAGCAAGUUAUGCUCUAGGCUAUUGGACAGCGAUGUAUCACUUACAACUCAAGCAUAUGGAGACCCAAAAAGUUCCUUCUGAAAAGCUCGAUAAUCAGGAGCCAGCCGAUGAGCAAGAGGAAGCGGAAGCGGAAGACGCUUUUGUAGCAACUCAAAGGUGA